CCUUCCUUCCUUUCCCUCCGCCCCACUCGCCGCUAGUGGGAGUGGGGGCAGAGAAACGGGCUGUCUGCAGCUCGGCUAGUCGCCUCUCGCUCGAACAUCGCCAGCGCGCAUCGCGUAAAUGCCACAUUGACGCUGGGCCACGACGUGGAGGUAGUUUCCAGUCGAUGCCUUUCGGCGACAUCUCCCGCAACCCGCGAGAUGGAUACGGAACGGCGGCGUUGAAAAGUGUGCGUUCGUCAAGCUAACCAGUUAGCUCACUGCCUGGCUAAGCCCUCCCCAACCCUCGGCUAGCUAUUUGACGGCACCCCGGCUCGCCACGCUCGGUGCGGCUCGCGUGCCACUCACCGCAUCCUCCCAACACCACCAAAGAAAAUGAAGAAGUUCAACAUUCGUAAGGUUUUGGACGGGUUAACUGCGGUCUCUUCGUCGUCGUCGUCGGCCUCGCAGACGGGGGCCGGCAAGGAGAAUGACGCCGUCCCGGAGAGUCUGCAGUCGGAGCAUUUCCAGCUUUGCAAGACUGUGCGUCAUGGUUUCCCGCAUCAGCCAUCUUCCAUGGCCUUUGACCCCGUGCAGAAGAUCUUGGCUGUCGGGACACUGACCGGAGCUUUGAGGCUCUUCGGCCGAGCGGGUGUGGAGUGUUAUUGUCAACAUGAAAGUGGCGCCGGUGUCAUUCAGCUCCAGUUUCUCAUCAACGAGGGGGCGCUAGUGAGUGCCUUAGCUGAUGACAGCAUCCACCUGUGGAACCUGAGGCAAAAGAUCCCUGCCAUCCUGCAUUCACUCAAAUUCAACAGGGAGAGAAUCACGUACUGCCACCUGCCCUUCCAGAGCAAGUGGCUUUACAUCGGCACGGAAAGAGGCAACAUCCAUAUUGUCAACGUGGAAUCCUUUACCCUCUCAGGCUACGUCAUCAUGUGGAAUAAAGCCAUCGAACUAUCCACCAAGACACACCCAGGGCCUGUAGUGCACAUCAGUGAUAACCCCAUGGAUGAAGGAAAGCUCCUCAUUGGAUUUGAGUGCGGUGUGGUGGUGUUGUGGGACCUGAAGUCCAAAAAAGCAGACUACCGCUACAAUUAUGAUGAGGCCAUCCACUCGGUUGCAUGGCACCACGAGGGCAAACAGUUCCUCUGCAGCCACUCGGACGGCACCCUGACCACUUGGAACAUACGAACUCCCGCCAAGCCGACACAGAUCAUAACGCCGCAUGGAAAGCAGCCCAAGGAUGGCAAGAAGCCAGAGCCAUGCAAGCCAAUACUGAAGGUGGAGUACAAAACCACGCGGGCUGGAGACCCAUUUAUGGUUCUGUCCGGCGGUCUCUCCUACGACACGGUGGGUCGGAGAGCCUGUCUGACGGUGAUGCACGGGAAGAGCACCGCCGUCCUGGAAAUGGACUUUCCUAUCGUGGAUUUCCUCACACUGUGCGAGACGCCGUAUCCCAACGAUUUUCAGGAGCCGUACGCCGUGGUAGUCCUCUUGGAGCGGGACUUAGUCGUCAUCGACCUCGGACAGAUUGGGUACCCGAUAUUCGAGAACCCUUAUCCCCUAAGCAUCCAUGAGUCCCCAGUGACUUGCUGCGAGUACUUUGCCGACUGCCCGGCCGAACUCAUUCCCGCACUUUACUCGGUGGGCAGCAGGCAGAAGAGGCAAGGGUACAGCAAGAAGGAUUGGCCCAUCAGCGGGGGAAACUGGGGCCAAGGCACGGAAAGUUACCCCGAGAUCAUCAUCACUGGACAUGCCGAUGGCACCAUCAAAUUUUGGGACGCUUCCGCACUGAUGCUCCAAGUGCUGUAUAAGCUGAAGACAGCCAAGGUGUUCGAGAGGGCCCGCGGCAAGGAAGAGAAGGCGAACGCGGACAUCGUGGACGAGGACCCCUUCGCCAUCCAGACGCUGUGCUGGUGCCCCGAGAGCAGGAUGCUGUGUGUGGCCGGCGUGUCGGCGCACGUCAUCGUCUACCGCUUCAGCAAGCAGGAAGUCGCCACUGCCAAUGUGCAGCUUUUGGAAGUGCGCAUGCAGUGCGAACUGAGCGACGUGGACUCGCCCGACGCUACCGGAGAGCAGACCCCCACGCAGGCGUCCUCGGUGCCCUCCAGCCCCCAGGACGGCGAGCCCCCCGCCACUGACUCCACUCAACCCUCUGCCGGCGGAAACGGCAGCAAUUCGUCGGCAGACGGACCACGAGACAACAUACCCUGCCUGCAGGUGCGCAGCUCCCCUCUGAAGCAGUCUCCGGGCUACCAGGUGGAGCUGGUGGUGCAGCUGGUGUGGGUGAGCGGGGAACCACCUCAGCAGAUCACUAGUUUGGCCAUAAACUCCUCAUACGGACUGGUGGUGUUUGGUAACAGCAAUGGCCUGGCGGUGGUGGACUACCUCCAAAAAACGCUGCUGCUCAACUUGGGCACAUCGGAGCUGUACAGCCCGUCGGAACCCAACCAGAGGCAGCCUUGCUCCCCGCGCAAAGCCCGCCAGCCCUCUGGAGCGCUGUGCGAUUCCAAUGAUGGGCCUAACGCCGCAGAGGAGCGCUGCAAGUCUCCUAACUCAGGAUCCAACUCGCCCUUCAAUUCCGAUGAUGAGUGCAAGGCCAAGUUCAUAAAGAAGGUGAAGUACAAAAGCAGACGCUUUUCCAAGACGGUUGCCAAUGACUUUGGUACUGUAUCAGUCACACCUAGGAUGUCGCGGAAAAUUAGCUCGUCUAAUGACCAAAAACCAAACCCGGCGUGGCGUUCCAUGUCGUCCAGGAAACGCUUUUACCACACCCACAGCGGCGCGCCCACGUCAACCCGCAAGAGCGUGAAGCUGGUCUUCCCCACAGCAAACUCAGACCACAACAUGAAUUCUAAGGACGUCUCGUUCAUCCGCUCGCGCAGUUCCAGCAUGACCAGCGUCGACCGGGAGUCCCGCGAGGCCGUCUGCGCCUUAUGCUUUUGCGAGACCUUCCCCAAGAAGUCGUCGGAUGGCGCGCCCAGCCCCUGCGUACUGGUGGGCACCACCCAGGGCUCCGUCAUGUUGGUGGCCCUCAGCCUUCCUCCCGGCGAUGACCACAGGCUCAUGCAGCCGGUCGGGAUCUCCUCCUGUGGCACAGUGGCCAGACUCAAAGGAGGGAUCUUGACAAUGGCCCUGCUGGACGCCGCCGGAGCUGUGCUGCCAGCCUCCUACGAGCCAUGGUAUGAUCCCAACGCUUCCGACGAGGAGAAGGAGAAGGAGAAGAGCCGGUGGCGCCGGCCGGCCUCGCCGCCUUCUUCGCAGGAGGGCCACGACUCGCAGUUCGCCGUCCUGUGCUCGGAGAAGCAGGCCAAGGUGUUGGCCAUGCCGUCCCAGACGCGCGUCCACAAACACAACAUCACCGAGUCGUCCUUCGUGCUGAGGGCUGACGUUGUGCAGAUGGGCAGCGGCAAUUGCAUCGCCUGCUUCUGCGCCAACGGACACAUCAUGACGCUCAGCUUGCCGAGUCUGCGCCCCCUCCUGGACGUCAACUACCUGCCGCUUACGGACAUGCGGAUAGCGCGGACAUUCUGCUUCUCCAAUCUGGGCCAGGCUUUGUACCUCACUUCCCCCACCGAGGUGCAGAGGAUCACCUACAGCCAGGAAACCUGUGACAACCUGCAGGAGAUGCUGAGUGAGUUGUUCACACCAGUGGAGACCCCGGAGGCUCCCAACAAAGGUUUCUUCAAAGGCCUCUUUGGUGGAGGAGCUCAAUCUCUGGAUCGGGAAGAUCUUUUCGGCGAAACCGCGUCAGGGAAGGCUUCCCGUAGCCUGGCCCAGCACAUCCCCGGCCCGGGCAACAUGGAGGGCAUGAAGGGUGCGGCGUCGGGCGUGGUGGGCGACCUGGCCCGCGCACGGGUAGCUCUCGAUGAGCGAGGGCAGAAGCUGGGUGAGCUGGAGGAGAGAACAGCUGCCAUGAUGGCCAGCGCGGAGUCCUUCUCCAAGCACGCUCAUGACAUGAUGCUAAAGUACAAAGAUAAGAAGUGGUACCAGCUCUGAUGAUGGCAGGCAACACCAUGAUAUGGACUGGGGACUCUGGAAUCACACACACACACACACACACACACACACACACACACACACACAUUUUCUUUUGGCGGGGGGGGUGUCAGGGUCACUUUGCUGUGCAUUGCCUCACUGGCCGAAGAACCGCGGCUGCAGACCUAAAUAGGGAGUAGAAGUCUGACGAUCUCGCUCCGUGACCUCCCCCCGCCCAUCCUUUUAAGUGCAAUCAUCGAAGUUUGUUGGUGUCUUGUGGAAGGAUUCAGUCUUUUGUCUUUUUGUGUGAGGAAAAGGCCAUUUUGAAGCACUUAGGAAUAUGAAGCAGGAGCUGUUGAAUCUCCUACCAAAUAAGGGCUGGUAGUAGACUAGUUUAUCAUCUUUUAGAAAAAAACAAAACGUCACUUUCCUUUGAUGAGCAUUUUGAUUAUUUAUCAGGACACA